CAACAGCUUGUCAUGACAGGAGGACAUGUUCAGGGUGACCUUUUGGCUCCAGAAGAUGUCGUCUCUUUGCUGAUUGAUGAUAAACAAUUGGAGCAGAAACUGAAGGAAAUUCCUCUUCAGCAGGCUAAAGAAAGACAAAAGAGGAAAGGUGGCACCAAAGGCAUACGAAUUGGUGCGGAUGGUGAUGCAUCAUUAGAAGAUCUUACAAACGGUGAAUCUGUUGGGAAUGUGGAUGACACUCUUGAUCCGGGGAAAGCAAAAUCAAGUAGUAAAAAGAGGAAAGGUUCCACCGACAAGCAAACCCCAAAAUCGAGGCCUCAAAAGAAUCCAAAAAAUCUUGAAUCAUUAUCACCAAACUCACUGAUGGAAGAUGAUAUAGAUGUCUCCCCACAAAACAUUGACAUGCAACAACGGCCAAAAAGGCUGAAGAGGCCAACUAAGAGCGUCAACGAGAACCUUGAACCAGCAUUUACUGCCAGCCCUCCUAUGAACCGAGAGGGGAACCAUAACUAUUCUUUGUCGGAUAUCAGCACCAGUGGUGGGAGAGGAGGAGCUGAGGAAGAAGCAUUAAGACAUAAUAAUCUGUUAGCUGGCUGAUAGUAUGACGAAUGCAUUAUUAUGUCUUCUUUUUGUUGAGCUACUGAGUCUUUUCUUCCCUGAGGGAUUCAAGUGCAGGCUUGGACAAGCAAAAACCCGUUCUGCUGGAAAAACGCAGUAGCAGAAUGAGGAGGAAGUGCAGAAUUGUAUAUUGGUUGUACAGAAUAUUCAUAGGACUCCGAGCACGAGACUUCUUGGCUACUAUACUUGAAGCAUGGUGAUGUACAGUAGGCACUCAUUUGUACUUUUUUGUUAAAUAGUAAAAGUUAAUGUAAUCAGCCAAUAGUUGGCAAAAUUUUCUCCUGGAGGAGAUAUUUUUGUUGACAAUGUAAUCACAAGAAAUGAUCUUAUAGAGCCAUUAAAAGAUGUUCAUAGGGUUAUAGUUGUAACCAUUAGUCCGUUUGCUUCUUUAAGAUGA